ACUUCCGGCGGGCCGGGGCGGGCGCGGGGCGGGACUUCCGGCGGGCCGGGCCGUCCGGCGGCGCGAUGCGGGUGAGGGUGCGGAGCUGGCACGGGGUCGCCUCGUGGCUGUGGGUGGCCAACGACGAAAACUGCGGCAUCUGCCGCAUGGCCUUCAACGGCUGCUGCCCCGACUGCAAGGUGCCCGGGGACGACUGCCCGCUGGUGUGGGGGCAGUGCUCGCACUGCUUCCACAUGCACUGCAUCCUCAAGUGGCUGCACUCGCAGCAGGUGCAGCAGCACUGCCCCAUGUGCCGCCAGGAGUGGAAGUUCAAGGAGUGACCGGCGCCGCGGGCGGCCCCGCCCCGCACGCGCCCGGCGCCGCCCCCGGCACCGUGCGUGAUGGAUGUGGCCCCCGAGCUGCGGAGCUGCCAGGCGCUGCUGGGAGUCCCCGGCGCUCUCCAGUGCAAAGCAGACGUGACCUUGUCCCUGGACCCCACGGAGUGCGCGGACGCCUGAGCCAGCACCGGUGGCUCCGCAGCGACAAUAAAUGCACUUGGACUGGAA